GAGGAGGGCCCAAGGGACCCCCGAAGCCAGCAAGGCAGCCCCUUCCCCCCCACGAACUGCUGCGGCUGAGCAACACCUUCGCGCAGAUGAUGAUGCAACAGCAGGCCGCCGCAGCGGCGGCUGGCAUGGCGGCGGCCAAUGGUGGGGUCAUGCCACCGCAGGCCUCGCCAGCCUCCGUGGCAGCCGCGGCAGCCAACCUCAAGAUCACCCAAGUCAGUGGUGUCGCAGUCACUAGAGGUUAGCUACGGGCAGCAACAGCAGCCGCAGCAGCAGCAGAGCAGCAACGGCAGCGAUGCCGGCAGCAAUGGGACUGCGAGGGAAGAGGCACCUGCGCCCGCGCCGGCUCCGGCGCCCCCGUCCAACCCACCGGGACCGCAGAGCAUUUCUAAGUUCCCCAGCUACGCGUCCCUGACCAAGAACCCCGUGAGCGCGUUCCACGAGUUUGGCCAGAUGCAGCACGUCGAGGCCAAGAUUGACAUCGUGGCCACAGAUGGCCCACCCCACAACCCAAGGUUCAAAGCAGUUGCAUUUUUGGACAAGAAACCUGUGGCCGAGGCCUGGGACAAGACCAAGAAGGAGGCCAAGCACCAGGCCGCCGAACUCGCCUUCCGCAAGCUGGUGGCGAGCGGCGCCCUCGCUUCCGACGUCCCCUCCCCAGAGACGGACAUCCUGAGCAGUCAGGAUGAGAGCAUCCCCAUGUUUGAUAUUAUUGCUGCCCUGAGUCACCGCGAGUUCAGCCAGAAAGUGCUGGAGGUGCCCGAAUACGUGGGCGGCCGCAAAGUGCUCGCCGCCCUAGUCAUGAAGACCGGAGCCUCCGACCGGGGCACUGUGGUCUGCUUCGGCACAGGGAGCCGAUGCAUCACUGGCGAACAGCUAAGCCAGGAUGGAACCGUGGUGAACGAUUCACACGCAGAAGUAAUAACAAGGAGGAGCUUCCUCAGGUUUCUAUACCAGCAGCUCAAGAACUACGGGCCGGGGAAAGAGCAUCCCAUCCUAGAACCCACGGAGGACGGUCAGCGCAUCCGGAUCAAGCCGGACGUCUCUUUCCACUUGUACAUUUCCACCGCGCCCUGCGGCGACGGGGCCCUUUUUGCCCACACGACAAAGCCAGACGACAAGAACAAGACACAGGAUCAGAACAGCGAACAGCAUCACCCACUCUUCACCAAGAGCUGCCAGGGGCUCCUGCGAACAAAGCUGGAAGCAGGCGAAGGCACGGUCCCCGUGGACCUGACUACAGACUACCAGACCUGGGAUGCCAUCCUGCAAGGUGAACGACUGCGUACCAUGUCCUGCAGCGAUAAGAUUGCUCGCUGGAACGUUCUCGGUCUGCAAGGGGCUCUGCUCAGCCACUUUCUGCAGCCUGUCUAUCUGAGCUCCAUCACCCUGGGUAAUCUGUAUCACCACGGGCACCUGUCUCGGGCGGUGUGUUGCCGUCUGGAAGGAGAGCCCGGGCUGGACAGCCUGUUGCCGACACGCUACACCCUGCACCACCCGACACUGGGCUGCGUGAGCGGCCACAACCCGCCCCGCGACACCGAGAAGACCAAGCCCUAUUCCAUCAACUGGUGCGUGGGUGAUGAGCGCCCAGAGGUUACCAACAGUGGCACCGGCAUGCGCCAGGACAGGAGCGGCACCAACCUGGAGUCUCGCGUCUCCAAGGCAUCGCUGUUCUCCCUCUUCAAGGACACGUGCGAGCAGCUGGGCCGCGAGGACCUGCUGUGCAAGACGUACGGCGAGACCAAGGACUCGGCGCUGAGCUACCAGGGCGCCAAGAAGGUGCUCUUCGAGCGCUUCCUCAAGCUGGACCGCGGCCGUUGGGUGCGCAAGCCACCCGAAGAGGAGAUGUUCCACUAGGAUGUUCCUUGUUUCUUUCUUUUCUUUCCUUCUUUUUUUUUCAUUGUCACACAUCAUUACCGUCACUUAUUUUUUUAAGCCGAUGACACAUCGGUUCAUAUUGUCCCGUUGCCAUUAUUUGUGUCGCGUAUCUUUUAUUUUUUUUCCCCCUAGUUUCACAAUUUUCGUCCCUGCUCAUCGCGUCUCGCCGUCGCCAGAGGCAGGAGCUUCUCGUCUCGUGGCCAUAUUACUUUCAUCACUCGCACCAUUCCUUGCGACCAUUUCCGCAGCGCCGCGUGUUCGGAAACUUGCUCUUUGUCGGCACUGUAUGCUUGCUUACCACCCCCCGCCCUCUCUGCUAUAGUUACGCUAAUACUCUGUAUUACUUUUUAGGCCUGCCUGUGAUUCUAGAAGGCAGUGAAAGCAUUCCUCCGCCAUUAUCCUGCAUGCGCCUGUUGGUUCGUUUUACAGCUGUGCUCUACCUUUGUUAGUUUGGGCCCGGAAGCACUUGAAAUGCCCUGUGUACAAAGGGCAGAGGUUGCGCAGGAGACAUCAAGUGCCGAAACUUUCUUCCACCAUCUUUAUACUUGCUCCCGAAGGAACACUUUUGUCCCCCCGGAAGCCUUACGUGUCGGCUGUUUUAUGGUGACACAUCACAGAGCUCUGUUUCACCCAUGAAGAAUGGUUCUAAGGAUAGACAACUGCGCUAAUUUCAGUGGCUUGGCUGGUCAAGGCUGUUGUGAAAAUGGAGCAGCUGGCACUCCAGUGCUCCCAAAUUUCGCGCUGAAUGCUUUCAGCACAUGCCUCUUUUCGUGCGGCAGUGAUGAUGAACAAAUUUUGCUGCUGUACUCGUUAGAUGUUCAUUUUGUUCAGGCACGCGUUUGUCUUUAGAAAGUUUGCCUGCUGGACCUUUUCUUUGCAAAGAGAAGCAGGCAGCUAGGCUGCCACAGAACUUGGUUUGUCUUUGCUAGGCGAUAUCUAGAUCCUGGAACUGUUCCUUUGUUCUUUCUUUUUUUUUUUUCCUCAAAGAACAUGCUCGUUAGAGCGCUCCUCUCCCAGGACUUCUACUUUCCUUAAAUGCAGCGUAAAGGGAACAGCAAGUACUCCUGCACAUAAUCGUUACUUUUAGGCGUCGUGGGGGAUGCGACCCUUUGCACUGGCAAAGGAAAGACAACACACGUCUUGUCUGUCCCCUUCACGUCUUUCUACCCUGCAUUCUUACGAGACUCGCUGGCAUGCUUCCAUUCCACUCCCCCUGCACAUCCACCGGGCAUUGAGUCAAGCAUUUAUAUUAGUCUGUUAGGCAGUUAUCUGCUUGGCUGUCCUGCUGUUAGCAUUUUGACUAGAUGGCCGCAACUGUUCACAUUGCCAUGCAUCCAAUUUGGGCAGCCCGUGUUCCAGGGAAGUCGCACAACCCCGGCGCAGAACCUGCAGUGGCUGCAGUCACACUAGCAUUUUACUGAGUCAUUGGCAUUUACGGCAGGUGUGCUCAGGUUUCAGGCCGCCAGGAAUCGUUGCUGCAGCACUUGCCAAAGUCAAGAUGGCCCCACUUCAAAGCCCCUGCCGGAAUUGCAUUGCCGUUGGUGAAUGACGCUGGCCUCCUUUGUCCUCCUGCCAUUACGCUGCCUCCCUUUCUCUUCUUUUUUUUUGUACUGUAUGUUGCGUGAAUAAGGCAGACGAAUAUCAUUGGCUUUUCCUGAUAAACUACAGGCUUGUUCCGGCUCAAAUUUCCUGCAGAGGCAGCAAAAAUAUGUUACUAUUUCUUGCUAUAAUGUUUAACCACAGUACUUGUCUCUGUAAAUCAAACUGCUUGUCUACUGCGGUGGGAAAAAGUAACUCUCAAGGAAAGGAGCAGUGUGGUCAUGCCCAGUCAGAUGAUCUUUCCGGGGAAAAGUGUACAUGAAAGUGAAAAAUUGUCAUCCACCCUAAUGUGGCACGAAGCUACAACCUUUCCCUUUCACGACACUUCCUUCACCUUGCUGGAUUCCGCAGAAGUGAAUUGCCAAAAAAUCUGCAUGUUUGCUUGACGUGGCCAGAGAUGGAACUUGCCUCCAACUUAUUCUGGACGAAAGUAGCAAGCACUGCAUUGUAAAUGGGAUAAACCCACAGUUUAAUUGGAAGAGCCACUUAUACGUGUCUUCUCUGUUUGCACAACACAUCGUGUGCGUCUGGUACAAAAGACCGGUGGCUGACAUAGCCAACGCAGAUGGCGAGUUUUCGCGAGGUCGCAAGUACAAACGGCAACAGGUGUGAACGAGGAGGGCCCCGUGUAAACAUGGCUGGCCCAAAAUGGUUGGUACCCGGUGUGCUCUUCGAGCCUGGUGUGCCACGCAUGUUGCUGACAGUUGAACCAUGCUAAGCCAUAGGAACUGUAGUGCCGUUUACGACUACAGUCUCGUCGGUGUGAUCUAGGCCGCAGGGCUUCACGUAUGGUUGCAGUGCCAGCGGGGCUUGUCCUACCCAAAAGUAGGCCUAGCGCGUUUGCUCAUUUUGUAAUAAGCCGCUGGGCAGUUGGGGGCACCACCUGUGCCACUCAUGCUGGCGUGGUUUAAGUAGAGGUGGGUCUGUCUACUUGUAAUGUAUUCUGAGAUCGAUCUUGCUACUUUCCCGUUUUGCUCACUGGUUGCUUGAGAAGUUAGCCCCUUUUUCUUUUCUUCUCCAUUUUCCCAACAGAAGUCCAGCAUGUGCUUGAACUCUUGUGCAUUGUGCGAGUCAUGCUUGUCUUGCAUCUUUUCUAUUGCAUUACAUGGUUUGUGAAACAGGAACGCCACUUAUGCUCGUGACGAGGCGCUUUCUGACAGCACGAUGUGCAUUUGAGGCAACGUUCAGUGCUUCUCAGCUCUUGCUCCCUUGUUCUUUUGUUGUUGUUUUUUUUUUUUAAUUUUGCUUGCUUUGUUGUCCUCUGCGCACCUUUUGUACGGCCGACAACGGAGUGGUGUUCCACUUGAACACGACACUGAUGUGUCUCCUCCCCCUCCUUGGGGUGUCAUGAAUGCUACGCUUUGUAAAGGGCUGCUGCCAUUGCCGAAGGCGCUAACCAGUUUCAUCUGCUCAUGGGCUGUCGGCCACUUUUUGUGCCGAUUUAGUCACACUGCAGCCAGCAUGCAGAGUGAUGACCUUGGUCAUUGCAACUUCUUUCUUUCUUCGCCUUUUUGGGUCUUUUGUAUAUAUUUGCUUCUUUCUUUUAGUCACAGUGCAGCUAUUUCACCUUAUGUAUCGCCAUCAUUACUCUCUCACAGUCAUUAUGUUCUGUUGCCAUGUCUAUUCCUAAAGUUGUCACUACUAUUACUUGCGAAAUGGAUUUACGGUGCGAACUGUUCAGCAUGGGUGCCAUCCCAGUGCGUCUUGUCCUUUUUUUUUUUUCCCCUCCUGCGUGUUUGUCACCCUCACGUUGCAUCUUUUUCGUUGUAGCGUCAUUGAUGCCAUUUUAGUUUUUUGCGAGUCGGGCACGACCCGGUCUUAACGUGCAUGGCAUGUUUCAAAGCGCGGCGUUGCACCACGCCAUUUUUUAAUGCCUGGCGGCUCACUGAAGCCGCACAUAUUGUCGCGUUGUACAUAAGCGCGGUGCCGCCGAGCAUCGCUUCCUGUUUUUAGUUAACGCAUCUCUCGCCAUGUCGGCAUAGGCGUUUGACCUUCGUCGUCUAUGUUGCGAUGUUUUGUCGGAUGCAUGGAGACACCGCCCACACUCAUCCCCCGGCGUUGUCGUCAUGCACCAUUUGUUUUUCCCAUUUUGGUUCUGCUAUGCAUUGAUGUCCUUCAUUUUUCCUACGCGCUGGUUUUAUGUAGCGUUGCAGCUUCUGAUUUUUGCUGAGCUCACUGUUCAAGGAAUGUGCGCAGACAAAACUUUUUGCAGCAUUCGUCUUUCUUUAUUUUUUUGCCCCACAUUAAUUGCUGCAAGCGUGAUAGCUGCUCUUAAGACUGAAUGCAGCACUUUUAUUUUACGCAGCGGUGGUUUCAUUACCCCAAACUCUGUGCCCAGUCGCAUUGUGUGUGGUCGCGUCUUGUUUGCCGUAUUAGAAGAUUGUGAUGGUUUUGGCUUCUUCGGCAGUUUCUGUCCUUUUUACGCCACACGGUGGGUUCUCUGAAUGCAUGUUUUGAGUCUUGAGCGGCCCUUUUUUUUUUUGUCAGGCUGAUGGUUUCAUGAUGCACUUCUACGAAACAAGCAAACCUCCAAACAGGAUGUGCCAAAAAGCAAAAAAAAAGAAGCAGCGAAGAGGCGCAGAAGCCCUCGAGUCCUCUCUCGAGGGAGAGAGAAGUCUAAACGUGCCAUCCUUUCCGAGCAGGGGUUGGACAAGGCACGAUAAAACGAAAGUGAUUGAGGUGACCGCCACGGUCGCAGUCUGCAUGGUUGCAAUCGCUGAACGCACCGACAGGGCGCAGUACGGGACAGAGAGAGGUGCGUGGUCUGGUCAGCCGAGAAGGCAAGCAUCAUUUUGUCAAGAGUCGCGGUGCACGUGGCUCCACCAGAUGGUGCCACCGAUUCCCGCCUGCUUGGAAGGCCCAGUGCGCUGCCACCGUCGUGUCGCCGCAUGUGCAGCGGGGAAAAGCACACGGCACACACGGCGGCGUGCUCCAAGAUGGCUGCCGCCACCAGCCACGACCUCCCUUCCUUCGCCGCAUCCGGCGACGUGCGGGUUUGCCGAGAGCAGAACAGAGGCCGGCGACGGCUGCCGCCCGGCCAGUUUCGUCGGCGUCUGACGAGGUACGAGCAAUCGUACGAGCGUAGCAUGCACGUCUGGUGGGGGACUUUGUGCCCCACGGCACACGCGCUUUGUUUUUUCAUUGUACUCGUCGCAUGCACCCCGUGCACAUGAAAAACGGUCGGACAGCAGCAGCAAGAUGAGCUGUGACUGAGUCGUCGGUGCGGAACGCAGGCGGUCUGGACCGGACAUACUUAACAGCGUUAGCGCGGACCCUUCUCCGAGGCAGCAGCCAUCUCUGCUGGAACGCUCGAGCGUAUAUCUUUCACUCUCUCUCUCUCCACUCACCCGCACCCCUCUCUUCUGUGUCAUGUGCACGUGAUGUCUGUGAAUGCUGCUCGUGUUGCUGAUACAUGUACGCCUAGGCAAGGCAUACAUGCAUGCUCUGGCUCUAUUUAACCUGCUCGUUAGUUGCAUGUGUAGCGUUGCGGCCCCCUUCCUCCCAUUUGGGAUGGAGGGGUCCUCUCUGUAGGCAUAAUAAAUGCACCAGUAAGCUUAUACCCUGUCACCAUAUUCUUUCAUCUGCUGCGAUUACGUUUCUCUCACCGUUUGGAUCCCCGAGGAGAAACAGGUUUUGGUUCUCGUGGUCUCACUCUCGUUGCUCUUCGAGGCACCAAGCCUUGAGUCAAGAUUCGUUCGACUGCUGUUUCUAUGCUGCAUCGCUUUCGAAGAGCUUGGUUUGUCUUCUGCGACGGUUGAGUGAGCUCGCUUGGCUCCCUCAGCUCGCUGGGGCCAGGAUCCUAGCGCAAACGGCGGAGCUACUGCCUGUGGACUGAUCACACUGUCGAAUGGACGGUGUCAAUGAGGGCAUUCUGUCGCUUUUCCAUUUCUCAGAAUCUGGCCAAGGCUGUUUGCGUGUAGAGCCUAGUUGCCUUGCUAGCAAAGGGGACCUUUGUCUUCUUCCUCCUCGCGCGUCUUGACUCACUCUUCACUCUAUCUAUCUUUCUCAGUAGUUUUAUCGUUUUUAUUGUAGCUUGUGAUCAUAACCAAUCUCGUGAGUGUUAGUAAGCUCGAACCUAAGCCGACCUAGGGCCGACGUCCGCGACCCCUGUGUAGUUGCGGACAGCGGCGGUAGAUCGUCGCGUCGUUGUAAUCUAGCGAAAGCGCGAUUUAGGAAACAAGGUUCAGUGUCUUCUCGUCUUGUCUGUGCUUUUGUGUGUGUCUUACUGCGCGUGUACACUCUUGCUUGGAAGAGAAAAAAAAUGCGAAUAAGGGAGACAAAACCACUGAAAGCGUAAAACGAAGAACUUGGUUUCGGCAUCGUCGUCUAAACGUUUGGUUGGUGUUGUUAUUCCUUGGUUUCUUCCGGCGUCCGCAUUUCCUGGCUGCUGGCUUUGGUUUUUUGUCGUAGUAUUGUAUUUUUACAACAUUUGUCCUUUUCUUUGCCUUUGCACUCUUCGGACAACUUUCUUGCUUCCUCGGUUUAAUCGUGGAAGGUUGGGAGACGGGUCCGCACGCCGUGGCAGUCGGGCACCUUUGGCAGUCCCCGGCAUGGGUUGCUUUUUUUCUUUAUUCAAUCUGUCUCGUUGUCUACAGCCGACUUGGCGAAUCAAGAACACGAAGAGGCGUGAAGUAGCGCACGCACGCACACUUGCUGCACAUGCACACUGCGUGGACUUCGUUGCAUCAGGCCAGGCAGCAGUGACAUGUGCGCCAAGAGUGAGUGAAGGAACGGAGUCACACCUUCCCGACUUCGAGAAGCCGUCGGCAGUGCAAAACAACCGCUGGGUAACUGCACUCCAAUUCUCCGCAGGAUGAAAGGUCGUCUUGUGUUGCACAGGCCAUGCCUUACAGGAAUCAAAUGCCGUUAGUAGACAUGUUUGGACCUGUACUGGGGAGGGCUACGUGUUUACCGAGCUAACCAGGAUAACAUUGUCGAGCUCAGAUCUGAUAACGACACGUGAGAAUAUGCCCAACAGUGCUAUCUGACUUGUGUGCCUGUGACCAUUGGCACUACAGGCAGGGGUAUGCGCACGCACUGCAGAAAGCGGGCAUGUCGGUCUUCAGGCCAUGUUGACUUUGUGUGCGGGUUGCGUUCUCGGAGCACCCUGUCACGUUCCUUGGUGUAGGCAGGCACUAGAAUACUGGGUACUUCUCAGUAGCUGGCACUUUUUGCUGUGUCUUCAAUGCCUGCUCGCACCCUGGGAGCAAGCAAGCACAUGUGGAAGCGACUCAUGUCCAUCACAAAAUGGAGGACACGGGUGACAUUGUUGAACACGUACUUGAGUGUUGAUACUGACAGAGCUGAGCACUGACCAAUCGAUACAUUACUGAUUAGUACAUAGCUCUGUCCUUGCCUUUCAUCCGGACAAUUGGAACGCAUCCCAAGAAGACUGCCAGUUGCCCGACUCAAGAGACACAAAGCCCGCGUCCGAACCGUGCUGCUGACCUCCCCGUCUCGCAUCUUCCCAACAGGAGUCGUGUAGGCGUGGUCGGAACCAAACUCUUUGCUUUCUUUUUUUUUUCUUUUUUAUCGCUCUCUCUCGCGAGACACUGGUAUAUGCAGUCCACAUUCCGCAGCGGGCACACCCCUGCACGCUCUGUCGACGUUAACACGGGCCCUGUCGUCCCCUGUGACGAUUUCCUUUCUUACUCGCACGCCUCUCGAGGUCGUACGGCAGAAAAGAACAGCCUUGUGCUUCGCUGCCUUAUCGCGGCGACUCGCGGGGCGUGCGAUGUAGAAACCAGGCCCGUGGUGUAACCGACAACAGGAAAGGAAAAAAAAAGGAUGCAGACGAUGUAAGAUGCUGUGAAGUUUCAUCUCCCGUCGUCGUCAUCGUUUAACCACCUGUCUUUCCCCGUCAUCCCUUAGGCUUUUCCUUUUCUUCCUCGGCCUCCCGUCGCCACGUCGUCUCCCAUUAGUUCUCAUUGGCCCCUCACUUAAAACUCAUUCCUUUGGGAGAACCGUAGAAACACACGUUACAAAUUAUUAAAAAAAAAAAUCGAAAACCACUCCUGACUUUCCCCUCCCAUGUCGUGUGCCCCGUUUCUGUGCCAUUUCUUCAUUGAUGGCAUAAUUCACGAUUCUUCAUGAAUCUUAUUUAUAAACCAAGUGCUCCCACCACGCCUCCUACAGCCCUAACUCUGGUCGUCUGUCAGUAGUGGGUCUUGUUCUUUUUUUUUUUUUUCUUUAUUCCAGACCGUCGCUGUCGUGCAGCUAGGUGGGACGACAGGAGAAAAAGACAUUCCAUAACUGACAUGCCUCUGGUGCAUAAGUGUGCCGGACGCCCUGUUCGUCCCAUCUCGGGGCUGUGCUAGCGACGCCCCCACUUUUUGUUUCUCGACUCGACCACCGUUGGCCACUUCUUCUCUGCCUGCGUCUUUGAGUCUUUCUUUCAUCUUGUUUGUAGGCGGCGCUUUGGUUUCGAAACGUCCGUCCCGAAAAGCUUAUCUGUGACCCUUCCUUUUUGUGGGGGGUGUCAUUCUCUGUAUAUAUACAUAUAUAUAUGUACAUAGCCAUAUGUAUAUAUAUGUAUAUAUGCGAGCAGAUGGGAAAGAGGGGUGGAGUUUUGUUCCCUCUGUUUUUCUUCGUUUCGUGUUACAAUUAUUUUGUCACCUCGUCGUGUUUUCGUUGUGUGUCCACCAGGUGUAUUCGUUCUUCAGUGUUCACCUCACGUCUCGGGUAAGAUAUUCCUUGGAACAUACCUGUUUAGAUUUUUUUUUUUGGUAGCGGAGACUGUGACAACCGUCCCACUUGCAGUAACCUUCCGAUUGUUCGGCCCUCCAUUUUUUUUUUGUCUCUUCUUUCCAACAGCUCAGUGCUCCAUCGCCCUGACCAGCACCUGAUGCAGUGUUACCUGGGGACUAACAUUUGAAUGCAUCUUGAGGUCUUAGUCGUAUUUGCAUCACUGAGGAUGGAUGCUGGCGAUCAGCUUUCAUGGUGAGGCAUGUGACCAGCUAAAGUGCGCUGUGUAAUCUUUCUUUUUACGUCGUACAAGUUACGAACAGCAUCAAGGCAGUAUGUAGAUGACCGUGUUAUGUGAUUUGUUAAUGAAGUUUAAUGCUCCCGUGGUGGUGUUGAAGUAAAUAAUUAGGCUGGAAUUGGGCCAGUGAAGAGCUGACAAGAGAAUUAAAAAAAAACACUCGCUCUUAGACUCGUGACUUCUUUUUCAAAAGGCGCUGAUAAGCAAAACGCACCUGCAUUUCACCAUCAUGUUAUGGGCAUUCUGAAGAUGCUGUACAGCGAGUCCACACUGAUGAUUUCUUGCGUGUACGAUCAAGGAUGAAUUUGAGCUUGUGAUCAUACUGGCAACUCAGCAAGGCCACUAAAAUCGCCCCAACCGUUCAAACGAUUGCAGAGGGUUGUUUCAACGAACUUUUACAACUGCAUGCAUUGGUCACAUGCCUUGUCCACAGCCGUCACCCUUUCACAUCACGAUUACACAAUUCUCGCUCACAGAGUAAUGCUUACUUUUUGAAACAGUGGGGGAAUCGUAACUACAGCAAAUGGUCCAACGGCUGGCUGAACGUCGUACAGCGGAGAGCCACAUUUGUUGACGUGUUCCGGGGCACUCUAGAGUGGCCGCUGUGAACUGCGUCAAGGACACUGGUUCCAUCUUUCACCAAGCUGCGCCAUUGUCAAGUCAAGCUUGCAACAAGCCGUCAGUUGUGUGCUAAAUGGGGACACGUUGAACGGGUUCGGCUGCGAAGCAUCUCAUGAGUUGAGCCGCCGUUUACGUAGCCCGUCAUCGCGCCUUUGUGCAGUGGUGUUUCGAGCCAUUGUUGGUCAAAUCUCAGCAAUGCAGCUAGUUUUUCGUUUCAAUCUGAACAAAUCAAGUGCAGCUGUAUAUAAUAAGGCAUUUGUUGUUGAAAAACUGAUAGUGUUGCAAACAAUGCGGAAAGCUGGUACGGUGUUAUCGAUACCUUGAUGGUUUUUUUUUCUAACCCAAUGUCUAAUCGCAUAUGUUCCUCUGAUAAAAUGAAAUUGUGAGUUGAAAAAUUGAUCAAAGCAAAGUUUAAAAGCUAAAAAUGGGACUUGUGUAUUGCCCUCCGAAACCUUCACAGCAUUUUUCAUGACCUGCACAUUUUCCAACUGUGAUCUUGUUCUUUAACUUUUUUUUUUGUCAGUUUUAACAGUGUCUCUGUGUUUUUGUAUGCAUGUGUGUUGCUAGGUUCUUUUUUUUUUCUCUUAAAAACGAGUAAGAAAGAGAAAACAGGUUUGAAAAGGUUUUUCCUUGUAUCUUGUUGGGCUUGUCUCCACAAACCCAUUGCAAUGCUAGUCAUCCAAAAACAGGACAUGGCUGGGACUUGGAAAACUGGUGCGGAAGAGGUGUCAUCUUCGUUUGACGAAUGAUGAUGGUGUUAGUAAACAAAAAACUGCCUCUGAUUUAUGUGCUGUAUUUCUCGUAGACCAUCCUUGUUUUACUUUUUUUGUACUUCGUGUUCUUUCCAUAUUUUUUUUUAAUGGAAAAGAAAGAAAUCUCUGUCAUCACACGUUUCUUUGUUGCGAUCAGGUUUCUCGAACCUGCAGGUUGAAAAAAAAAAGAGCAAAAAAGGAAAACGUGAAAAAUGGAACAAUUGAGAAGCGACACGUUUGAGAACUGUGUACUAGACUUAAAAAGAAAAAAAAAAUACAUCCAUAGUGUUGUGAUAUGUAAACUGAAUAUCCGAAUAAAGGUCACAAAUGCAGUGCA